AAGCUGUGGCCGAUGACAGAACGGUUCAACACCGCUGUCUACGAGGAUCUUUGCGCGCUGUGUCUGAAGGACCGGCGGUUUUUCGAACUCUUUCAGCGCUGCAAGUCCGCGGGCAAGGACCACGCGGGUGGGCCUUUGGAGCAGCAGAUUGCGCGAAUGCAGCCUUCUGGAGGUAUGGACACAAGUCUAGCGUUACGAGGUCAACACGGUUCGAACAUGCUGUUCUACAACGACGUGCUUGGUGAACUCGAUCGCAUCGACGUCUUAGAGGAACUCGCUGAGCAACAGAAGAGAAAGAAGCCGGAAAAGUUAGGGCUCUCAGUAACUCAUUUUCACAGAGUAUUUCUCGUAAUUUUCUUCUUCGUUUCUGAGAAUAUUAUAAGGUAGAGAAUGAAUAUGGAAUAGUGUGAGCUCUAAAAUAGGGCGACGGAGAUGAAAAGAAGAAAAAGCGGAAUCCGUUGACCGACUGGGAAACGAAUCCAGCAGUGCUGCCGCCCUCGCCUCGCAGGAAGCACUACGAAGCGCGGCGUCGUGAGCGCGAGCGUGCGUGGCGCGAGAAACGUGGCUACGGCAGUGACGUGAACACGAGCGAAGAAGAAUUUCUGAUGAAACUGAAAGCUAUCGGCGCCGAAGACACGGGAGAAGAGGACAGUGCGCCUUCUACGGCGAAGACCCCAUCAGACGUUGCCGCUGAGACCCGCUGGGACGACCGGAUGAACCAGUUACACGCAGAGUUCCUUGCUCGGCAACGGGCUGAGCGAAAACGUAGGGAGGAAGCCGCGGAGACAGCAAGGCGGAACAAGUUACUGGC